GGAGGGGGCUGCGAGGAUGGAGCCACCGCCGCGCCUCUGUUCGCCGCUGCCUCGGCGUCCGCCCGGGAGCGCUUCGGGGCCGAGCCGGGCGGUGGCGGUCGCCGGGGAGGUCGGGCCUCGGGCUGAGACCCGGAAGUGGUGGAACGGGGUCCGGGCGGCAGGCUGACCCGCCGUCUGUCUGUCUGUCCGCGCAGGAAGCAUGGAGAACUGCCUGGCGGCGGCGGCGCUAAACGGCAUGGACCGGCGCUCGCUGCAGCGCUCGGCCAGGCUGGGUCGGGAAGUGCUGGAGCGGGCCCGGAGGCGGGCGGUGGACUGGCGCCGCCUGGAGCCCCCGGCGGGAGGCUCCGGGGUCUCCGGGCGCGAGGGCUGGGCCGCAGCCGGGCCCCGGCGCCUUUUCCCGGGAGAGAGAGAAGAUAUGCGCCCAACCCUCAGUGCUUCCUUCAGAACAAUGGCUGAGUUCAUGGACUACACCUCCAGCCAGUGUGGGAAAUAUUCUUCAUCUGCACCAGAAGAAAGAGAGGCAACCCAUGUGUAUCGUUAUCACCGAGGGAAGUCAGACCUCCACUUGUGUUCAGAUGCAGGGACUGAUCAGAGGAAAAGCACAUCACUUGGCUUUGGAAGCAUCUAUCAAAUGCCAGAGUGUGCUCUAGAGACAUCCCACUCUGGUGACACCACCUUUAAGGACCUCUACAUAGAAGUAUAUCCAGGGACGUACUCUGUGACUGUGGGUACAAAUGACUUUACUAAGAAGACUCAUGUGGUAGCAGUCGAUUCAGGACAGAGUGUGGACUUGGUCUUCCCUAUAUAAAGUUGACUAUCACAGCUAUCCGUUACCUUUUUUUAUUUUAAAGUAGCAAGAAGAAUAAAGCCGCCAUGUGUUUCUAUUCACUCACACAUUAAUCCUGCUUUUAAUGCUGGUAAAGAUCAGUCACUGUGACUGGAAUUUGUCUCUUUCAGUGCCUGUUUUAACUUGAAAGGGUAACACCCCAUCUUUGCCUGAUGUAAUGAUGCUAUGUAAACACUUUUUACUGCUUGUUUUUCAAGUAAAAUUGAAUUAUGGUAAUAAAGGGAGAGAUCUGGAAACAAAUAGAA